AUGGCCCGUGAAAAUAUUACAGUGGUUACUGAGUUUAUUCUUUUGGGACUGACAAAUCGUUCUGAACUGAAAGUGGUCCUCUUCGUGUUAUUCCUGCUGAUCUACCUCAUUUCUUUGGUGGGGAAUCUGGGAAUGCUCUUUCUAAUCCAAAUCACUCCCAAGCUCCACACCCCUAUGUACUAUUUCCUGAGCUCUCUGUCACUUGUAGACGCCUGCUACUCAUCCGUCUUUGCACCCAAGAUGCUGCUGAACUUCUUUGUUAAACAGGAGAUCAUCUCAUUUUCUGCAUGCAUUCUGCAAUACUUUUUAUUUGUGUCACUCCUAACUACUGAGGGCUUCUUACUGGCAGCAAUGGCUUAUGACCGCUAUGUGGCUAUUGCCAACCCUCUACUUUAUACAGUGGCCAUGACUAAAAUAGCGUGUGUUGUGCUGGUCAUAGGAUCAUGUGUAGGAGGUGUGAUCAACUCAUUAACACACACAAUUGGCCUGCUGAAACUGUCUUUUUGUGGACCAAAUGUUAUCAGUCACUUCUUUUGUGACCUUCCCCCUCUGCUGAAGCUGUCCUGUUCUGACACAUCCCUGAAUGAAUUGUUGCUUUUAGUUUUCUCUGGCGUGAUUGCUAUGAUCACCUUCUUGACAGUGAUAAUCUCCUACGUCUUCAUUGUUGCUGCCAUCCUGAGGAUCCGCUCAGCUGCUGGCAGACGCAAAGCUUUCUCUACCUGUGCCUCGCAUCUGACUGCUGUGACUUUAUUCUACGGUUCUAUAAGCUUUAGUUACAUUCAACCAAGCUCUCAGUAUUCCCUAGAACAAGAAAAGGUGGUGUCUGUGUUUUACACCCUAGUGAUUCCAAUGUUAAACCCAUUGAUUUACAGCCUGAGGAACAAGGACGUUAAGGGUGCUGCCAAAAGGGCAAUAGAAAUGAAACUUAUUUCCUGUUAA